GGUACUGAAGGAGUCGGCAGACAUCGACGACAACGAGGAGAAACCGAGGAGGAGGAAACGGCGGCAACACCACCAACCAACCGACCGACCAACCAUGAGCGGUGGGGAAAUCAUCUUCCAGGGCUGGCUGAGAAAGUCGCCCCCGGAGAAAAAGCUGAGGAGAUACGCGUGGAAGAAACGCUGGUUCAUCCUUCGAAGUGGCCGUAUGAGCGGUGACCCCGAUGUUCUUGAGUACUACAAGAACGACCACUCCAAGAAGCCCAUCCGGGUCAUUGACCUGCACUGCUGCGAGCAAGUGGACGCCGGGUUGACUUUCAAGAGGAAGGAGUUCCAGGACAGCUUUGUGUUCGACAUCAAGACGUCAGACCGCACGUUCUACCUGGUGGCCGAAACCGAGGAGGAGAUGAACAAGUGGGUUCGCUCCAUCUGCCAGCUGUGUGGAUUCAACCAGUCAGAUGACAAUGAUGGCAGGUCGUCCCACAUGCCUCGCUCCCUUGGCGCAGACGUCACGGGCUCCAUGGCCCCUCUGAUCGGAGAGCGCAAGUCGUCUGCCCCCAUCCACUCCAGCCAGCCGGUGCUCUUCACCUUCGACGUUCCCGUCCGCCAGUCUCACCACGGCUCGCUCUCCAACAGCGCACCCCAGGACUACCUCCUCCUCCACCAGUGCAUGAGCAGGAAAACGGAGAGUGCGCGGAGCGCCAGCUUCUCUCAGUCUACACGAAGCAAUUUGUUUGUGGGCAGUGACUCGGCAGUGCAGAAGCUCUCCCAUGGCUUUUCCCACUGUGUGAACGGUGUGGGCACCCAGCUGCAUGGCUUUUAUAGCCUACCCAAGCCCGGGAAACACCAAGUGGGAGUGCGUGCCGACUCCCCCCAGGAGGCCUGCUAUGUGCUGCCCCGGGGCUACAGCUCCGAGUCUCCCGCUCUCGGUGGCUUAGGAGAGUUUAAUCUGGAGAAUGAAGACGUUUACACGUUCAAAACACCCUGCAACACCCUCGCCACCGUACACAGCGAUGAACGUCCACCUGACAAUUAUGACCUCCCCACGCCGCCAGGCUCCUUCUACCAGAUCCCCCGGACGUUUGACAAGAACCACAAUGCCCUGACACCCUCCAGCUCUGAGUCCUCCUGUGCCCCUCCUCCCAGGCCCCCCAAGCCCAGCCAGGGGUCAGAGAGCCAAUGGGGAAGCCCUCAGUCAGUAGGGAGUCAGAACGAAGAGAUGACUGCCGCCGUGUCCGUCAUCCCUCGCAGGAACACCCUCCCUGCCGUGGAGAACAUCAAACUGCACAGAGGAUCCUCCUUUGAAACUAACAGCCACCAGCGUCCAAUCUUCCUCAACAACUCAGGCCAGUCUGUGGAGUCUGUUAAUGACGGCUUCAGCUCCUACCUGAGAACCAAAGCCCCUCUGACCCGCUCGGACAGCGGCAACUCGGACGACAACUAUGUGCCCAUGAACCCUGGCUCCUCGCCGCUCAGUGCUGCUCAGGCCGACAGCCCCAAAAAUAUCUACAUUCCUAUGAGCCCUGGCCCACACCACUUCGACUUCCCAGGAUUCUCUGCUACACUACCUGCCCGUAAGGGCAGCACUGCCUCCAUGUGUCACCGACCAGGGCGCCUCAGUGACGUCACGCCGCCGCCCAUCAACCGCAACCUCAAACCGAACAGGAAAUCAAAACCAACACCUCUGGAUUUGAGGAACAAUGGGAUCAUUGAUGAGCUGCCAUUUAAGAGCCCAAUCACCAUGUCCUGGACAAGGCCCAUGCAUACUAUGAACUCCAUGUCCUCCCAGCACUGUCGACCAAUCUCCACACAAAGCAUCACCAGCACUGACUCUGCAGACAGUGAGGAGAAUUACGUUGCUAUGCAGAAUCCAGCGUCUACCUCCCCAGCUGUGAGUGGCACCAGCAGCCCCGCCCCGAGGAAGUGUGGUAACGUGGACUAUCUAGCGCUGGACUUUCAGCCUGGCUCACCCAGUCCGCACAGAAAACCCUCCACAUCCUCCGUGACUUCUGAUGAGAAGGUGGACUAUGUGCAGGUAGACAAGGAAAAGACCCAGGCCUUGCAGAACACCAUGCAGGAGUGGACCGAUGUACGACAGUCUACUGAGCCUGCCAAGGUUGUCAAGUCCUGACAACUGGCCUGCAAACUCACACUGACGCGAAACAAAUACUUCCAUGUUAUCCCAGUAUCAUGACUCCGUGACAGCGAAAAUACACACGUUGGGCCUGUGAGAAACAAAAACAUUGGGACGGAAAGCCAUAACUACCUGCUCUAUGCCUCUACUCUGUGGCAGUAAUCCCUGCAGCGCAUGGCUAUCACAAACAGGAUAUCAGGCUAUACAGUGAAGUGCCCUGUCAAAGCUCUUCAUGGAGACUCUGUUUUUACACCAUAGAGACAAUUAAUCAUGCAUACUGACAAUAUCCUGACUCUUAAAGUCCAUUCCAUUUGCCGUAAAGCGCAAGUCAUUCACUAACGCUACCCCGCUGCAAGGGCAACCAAUCUGCAAUGGCUUUUUUUAUUUUUUCUUGCAUCUAGCAGGUUAUUUGCCAAAUUAAUGCCAACUGAAGAGUACCACAGUCCAACUGGUCUGACAAUACAAUAGAGAGGAACGACUACUGGUCUCAGGAAUGCCAAGAUGCAGUGUCUUUGGCAAACAGGCGAGCUCUCUCUUUUCACUUCAAUCUGCCUUUUCUGCUGAAUCCUACAGAAUCGAGUGAAGAGAUUAUUUCCACUGCAGGCAAUCGUUUUAGCUUAGCAGUGUGUGUCUGUAAGAAGGAGAAAAAAAAGAAGAAGGUCUGCACCUACAAGGCCCUCAUCUGAUGAGUUGUGCUUCGGUUUGAAUUACAGUUUGAACACAAACCCUAUUCAGAAGCUAUUAACCUGGAUGGCGGGUUUACCUCAGUUUCUCAAUCAAGGUCUAAAUGCAGAAGCACCAACUGGAGCAAAAAAACCCCAAAACAAGCUAGAGGAAAGGAGACCAUCGAGUAUCUUACGGGCUUUCAUCCAUCAAUCGAUUUCCAAUGAAAGUCCAAGCAUUUCAUUGUAACCUUGCACUGACUAAAUUAAUUGUUUAGUUGUGGAUAAUGAAAACAGCAAGAUGAUUAUUUUUCACAUACGUUUUGAAGCGAAGUCAGAUGUUCUCACUCUCUCGUUGUCUCUUUGCCUCCCCCUCGUUCUCUGAAGAUCGUGAAAGUGAUAACAAACCACAUAAGCUGGGUAGGAUGAGGGUUGCAUAAUCAUGUACUGCAGAAUUCAAGAAAAAGUCACCAUAUGUACCUAUGAAUUCACCAUAAGCAUCAAUGAAUGAGAAGUCAUUAAUGUAAAGUGCAAAGGUCUUCGAUAUGAGACACUACAUUAUUUUCAGUAAAUAACUGUUUCCAAUACAUAUUGAUAGUUGGCGGCACGGUGGCGCAGUGGUUAGCACGGUUGCCUCACAGCAAGAAGGUCCUGGGUUCGAGCCCUGGGGUAGUCUAACCUUGGGGGUUGUCCCAGGUCAUUCUCUGUGUGGAGUUUGCAUGUUCUCCCCGUGUCUGCGUGGGUUUCCUCCGGGUGCUCCGGUUUCCUCCCACAGUCCAAAGACAUGUAGGUCAGGUGAAUCGGCCGUACUAAAUUGUCCCUAGGUGUGAAUGUGUGUGUGUGGGCCCUGUGAUGGCCUGGCGGCCUGUCCAGGGUGUCUCCCCGCCUGCCGCCCAAUGACUGCUGGGAUAGGCUCCAGCAUCCCCACGACCCUGAGAGCAGGAUAAGCGGUUUGGAUAAUGGAUGGAUGAAUAUUGACAGUCAUAUUCGCAGCCCAUCCUGGGUAGAAAGUGAUUUGUUGACAGACUCGUAUGGGAACAAACUGGCUGACAUUAAAGUAAGAUUUCACUUUUUUUCUAACAAAAGCAGCUUUCUGCAAAGAACAUUUGUCACUGAUCAUAACAUUAGUUUGACGAGAAAAGAAUUUAUCUAGUUAUCCAGAAGUCAUCUUGCAUCUUUAUAAUGCUCUUAUAAUGCCUUAUAUUUUCAUUCAAGUUGAACAAGUCACUCACCUCCCUGCAGAAGUAUUGUGCUAAGUCCAGUUGAAUUUUGUAGUCCAAAUUAAGUCCAGUAUUUCAUUGUGGGCUGGAACCACUGACAGGGGUGACGCUGAUUUGAACUCGCUGUGACUUUUGUGGCCAUGCGGCGCUUCGACGGUAUUAUCGAUAAUUCGAUUUGAAAGCUACAUCUUAAUGUUUUUCUACCAUUUUUACCACUUUUUGUAUUUGUUUUCUCAUUAUUAUUUUUUCUAUCAAGUGUAAGCAAGUGACGUUCAUACGGAUGGGGUGAAGUAACGUUAAUCUAAUGUCGUUUUAGCGUGAAUCUCAUGUAUCUCGAGCUCUAGUGGUGAAUUCUGAGGAACUGCGCUUUCGGCGAGGAGGCGUUGCAGCUGAAUCGCACCGGCGGAGCUCUUCCCGGGUGAUCUGUGAUUUCGCGCGGGCAGAGCUCUUCCCGGGUGAUCAGUGAUUUCGCGCGGGCAGAGCUCUUCCCGGGUGAUCAGUGAUUUCGCGCGGGCAGAGCUCUUCUCGGGUGAUCUGUGAUUUCGCGCGGGCAGAGCUCUUCCCGGGUGAUCUGUGAUUUCGCGCGGGCAGAGCUCUUCUCGCUCUUCCCGGGUGAUCAGUGAUUUCGCGCGGGCAGAGCUCUUCCCGGGUGAUCAGUGAUUUCACAAAGAGAAAGUUGAGAGAGGAAUAAGACCGAGAGAAGCCCGUCUCCCUGUCACUCUCCGAGGUGAAAUAUAGAUGUGUAAUUUAUUAUCUGGAGAGACUCGUUGCAAGCGAAAGAGUUGUGUGUGUGUGUGUGUCUGUGUGUAUCGUGGUAGAUUGUGAGUUGUAGUACAUUAAAUGGCGGCCCGGCUGGGCGAGAUGAACAUCGCUCGGAUCUACUGUCGGACUGUCGCUGGGCUGACACGCCCGUACGUCUAGAGAAGUUUUCAACCACUGUUAAUUGCAACUACUGUAAAGCAUUUGUAGAUCGCUUGUGUGUUAAUUUAUUAAUUUAUUGUGUGUUUUUGCUGAUGCUUGGUGUAAAAAUGAAAGAAGAAAAAAAGGAAACCGUUUCUCUACUAACAUUGGUGUAUGCAAACUGUUUUGAUUUUUUGUGAAGCAUUAUGACAAGAGAAGCCAGUGUGAUGGUAAAGUGGUACAGUACGUUUGGGAUAAACAAGACCACAAGAUUUUGUUGUUCCUGUAUUAUGGUAGCCUUAAACUGUGGGGGGAAAAAAAUAAAUCAAGAA